UCUCGUUUUUGGAAGAUCCAAGUUUGAAGCAACUCCCUCUCAUUUUCCACUCAGCUCGGACCAUUCACAAACCAAAACAACAAUAUCUUUUAGAAAGAUCACCUCGGGUUGUUUGCUUCUAUCAUCAUCAUCAUCAUGUCGUUUGUAUCCGAAAGCGAUCCGCUCAUGAUGAGCAGAAGCAAUGAAGUGGUUCAGGCGAAUGUGAUAGGUAGAAGGACCAUUUUUGCAUCGGUAGCGUGUCUCAUGGUUCUGGUUGUUGCGUUCCAACACUCCUCUUCCGUACAACCGCCACACAUCACCGCUGCCGCAGCGGCGCUUCUGUCCUCUUCCAAGAAACACCAAAAGAAGCUUCCCACAGAUCAGAUUCAAACCUUUUUGGAGGAUUGGAAACUAGGGCGUUGUGACGAUCUGGCCUCGUUAGUGGAUCGUCGACACUUUGAGUUUCGAGUGACGGCCUUUGGAGAGGACCAAGCGGAAGAUGACGACGACAAAGAGAUUGUCUUGGAUGUGGACGAGUUUGUCGAUGCUCUCUGCCUUCCGUACCAAGGUCAUUUUGACAUUCUCUUUGAAGAGAACCAUCAUUCCAAUCUAGGGUCUUCUUUUGGAACUAUUCGAGCCACGGGGAGUGACUACUAUAUCAAGGAUACGGUACCCUGCUUGGCACCCUACUAUUCGUCAUUUGUGGUCAGUUUGGACUCCCAUGGUCGCAUUCAGGUGUUGCGAGAACUAAUCCAUAAUUUGGAUUCUUACAAUCGCUAUACUCAAGAAUGUCUGAACCGGGGGUUCUCACUGGACGACGACGAACCGGGCAGUCCCAAGUAUCGUCUCCUUUCGAAAACGGCCAAGCGAGAGAAAAAGGCAGAAGAACCACCAACGUCCAAUCUGGAAAGAGCCAAGAAGUUCAUAGACUUGUAUUGCACGGGAUACUGCGACGAAGCCGGCGAGUACUUGUCCGAUUCCUUUACCAUGCAAGAGUCGCAUUCGCAGCCCACCCCUCUGCUAGAUCGCACGGCCUAUUUGGAAAUGUGCCGUCACGAUUUUGUGACUGAACCGGAAAUCUUUCUCACGCUCGCCGAGGUGACCGAUGGGAGUACCGUGACAUUGACGGGGCAAGGAUUCCAAAUGAUUGGAGGAGGAGCCAAGCCCUGUCCCAUUUUUGCCACGGAAUCCUUCUUUAUGAAGUUUACGGCCGACGGGAAAAUGGAUCACCUGUUUGUGGCCCUGCAAGAUACUUAUUUUGACGAUUAUGCUGCCUGUCUGCAGUAAGAAGAAAACUUUAUUAUACAUGAUGGUGCCUCUGGCAGGAAAGAAUACAGCCGGGAACCGCGUUUGAACUUUUGCUUUUGAACUUUGCCUUUGAACCAAGAUGCAUCGCCUUGCCAUUCUGCGUUGUGCCAAUCCUUUUGAUUUGUUGACUCCUUGUUUGCAUACCAGUACAAGCGAGUAGCUGCUGCCUGGGGAACGGAGAUGUGCUACCGAUGCGAUGCUCCACUCAGGGAACGUAGAUUGGAACCGGAAAAGGCCCUCUGUGGCCCUUGACUGAUAGCUGCCGGGCUAUGAUUUCAGCAAGGAGUGAGUGAUUCAUUAAAUUUGACUCUUGAGCUUGCAAUCGCCUGUGAUGGUUGGCGAUGGGCUGAGGCAAAACAUGGACAGGCACUCUCUACUUUUGACUAAAUCAUUCAAUUAGAGACCAUCGCAUAAAUGAUGUUGAUAUGCUACUGUCCUUCAUCGCGAGACCCAGGGCACCCAUUGUCAUGUAGCCAUUG